AUGGAUCCAACCGACACAAUCAUUCAGUUGGUAGUCCCGAGCUGUGCUGGGGAGACCGUACGUCUCAACGUUCACCGUGGUGUUCUCUGCAAGAGCUCGGGCUUUCUUCAGAACGCGAUAAAGCCGGAGUGGACGACUCAAGAAGAGAACGUCGUCACUCUUCCGGAGGAUUCCGCGAACACGGUCAUCGACUACAUCAAGUGGCUAUACUACGACAAGAUAGCAAUCAAACUUUACGAAACUGGAAACGACAAGCUUGAAAAAAAGGCCGAAGAAGCGGAGAAAGUGUUCUGUCUACUCGCCGAAGCAUACAUCUUCGGGGAGAAGAUCAUCGACACCGAGUACAAGAAUGCAGUAGUGAAGGCCAUAUUCGACGCCCAAAGGAGUUCGCGCUGGAGUAUGGGACCAGAGAGUGUCAGCAUCGUCUACGAAGGCACACCUUCAGGAUCUCCUGUUCGGCGCAUAAUUGCUGACAGAUUUGCGUACUCAGCCUACGAUGACUCAAAAGACGGAUAUGGCUGGAUGCAGUUUAUCGACGGAUAUCCGCGGGAGGCUUUGGCUGAUGCAAUGAAGUUAUUACUCUGUCUUCGUAAAUCGGACGGCAGACCUGAACCUGGCGUCGAAUCGUACCUUGAGUAA